UGCAUAAUGUUGUCACAUCCUAACCCCUCCGACUCGACGAACAAGCGGUGGUGUUUGAGACUGACAGGACACCGUCACUACUGUCUGAAUGACCCAGGCAGGCUAUAGUCAAUGGUAGUAUGACAUGAACUAACAUCAUAAUUGAAUGUUGAGUGUUUAACUCCAGUCUGAGGAUUUGAAGAACUCUUCAAAACGAAGUUACGUUAGCCGAAGCUAUUUGUUGUCACAAGCUAGCAUCCCCUGUCAAGUCAAGCUAGCCACUUAUAGGUAAGGUUGACCGGUUAGCUGGUCAGACUCUCAGCGGGACUCUGUGUGGGCAUUACUAGCGAACACAGUGUCAGACCAUAUUAUUGUCGAGACACUUUUGCCGUCCUAUGGUCUCACUCCGCUAGCUGCUGGUGCCAAAAUGUCCACGACUUCGUUGGAUAAAGAAUUGCAGGAGCGCCUGAGAGAAGCGUCUGCCAUCGGGGAUAUAGACGAAGUGCGGUCGCUGGUGGAGAGCGGGGUGAAUGUUAAUUCACAGAACGAGAUCAACGGGUGGACAUGCCUGCACUGGGCUUGCAAGAGGAACCAUAAGCACAUUGUGUCCUACUUACUCAGUUGUGGAGCGGACAAAGAAAUCCUCACGGCUAAAGAGGAGCUCGCCUCUCAGCUUACAUCUAAACCAGAGAUCAAGAGACUCUUGGGAGUUGAGGUGGAGGAAGUGCCUGAGGUGAAAGAGCCUGAGUUACCAAUCAUCCCAAAUUACCUGUCCAACCCGCCCUUUAUGUACUCCAAGAUGGACAAUAAGUCAGAGAUCCUCCAAACCCAGCCCCUCACACAGAACGGCUCUAGAGAUUACGCUGAAGACACGCAGAGUGAUUCAGCCUCGCUGUCCUCCACCGAUGAGCUCCAGAAACCCCAGAGCAUGGUGUGCGACGGCCCCGCCCCUUCACCAAACCCCGUCGUCAAUCACAGCCAACCUCCAGCUGCUGAAUUCAUUCCUGUGCCUGAGCAAAACGGCGUGUCGCCCAGCAUGGCCUCAUCCCACAGUCACACUGUUGUGAACCACACGGUGCCUAUUGACCUCUCAGUGGAGCCUCACCUGGUCAACCAUGCCGACUACCCUCACAUGGUGGCCCACAACGGUACUGUGAGUUCACCUCCACUGGCCUCGCCGCGCCCAAGCUUGACCGGCGGUGGUGGCGGCGGCACACAGGUUCAGGCUCCAGUGGCCAGCGCGAACCCCACCAUGAGCCGUCAACAAUCUAUUCCACAGCAGCUGAGCUACAGCCAGGCCAAUGGGCCCAUGCCAGCGUUUCAGCCUUUCUUUUUCACCAGCACCUUUCCUGUAAAUGUACAAGAGUUGGUUCUGAAGGUUCGAAUCCAGAACCCAAAUGCACGGGAGAACGACUUCAUUGAAGUAGAACUGGAUCGUCAGGAGCUCACCUACCGUUCCCUCCUGAGAGUCUGCUGCCGCGAGUUGGACAUCAGUGCUGAACAUGUGGAGAAGAUCCGCAAGCUGCCAAACACCAUGUUAAGAAAGGACAAGGACGUGGCUCGGCUGCAGGACUUCCAGGAGCUGGAGGUUGUGCUGGAGAAAGCAGAAGGCCUGUCCCUGUUCUCUGGUACGGGGAGCCUGACAGACAGGCCCUGCUACAACAUGAAGGCCUCUCGCCUCACUUACUGAAGCAAACCCAGACCCAGAGGUCUCCCUGACGACGACGGGCUUCUGUAGCUUCCCUCGAGCAACCUCAGAUAGUCGCCCUGCCCAGCUCCUUUGUUCCAGCUUUGUUCAGCUUUGAUGUUUGACCAAUAUUUCAGCUGGGAUUUGUUUGUACAACUGUAGCUAUUGUCCUCCUCCUAUCCCCUUCUGGGCCUGCUGCUGCUGCUGCUUAUGUGUACCCGAAUCAGUUCCAAGUGAAAGCUGAUGCAUGGUAUCCUCGAAUAUGUGCAACGUAUUUGACCCUCUUUUUUCCUCUUUAUCAUGCCCUCCCACUGCACUUCGUGCCAAGGAGUAAGUGGGUCAGCAGAGGGGGACGUUGGCUUGUCUUCCUAACGGGCUGGAUUCUGCGAUCGCCUUAUAUGGACAAGUUUUUAUUGUGGAAAACUGGCCAAGAGGACAUCAGGAAGGAUUAACAUAAGAUCAUCAUCAGACCACCAUGCCGGAUAAGCUGCAGCGCAGUGGACCACACAGCAACUUUGGUUUCUGACAGAAUGAGCUACAGAGUCAUAUCCGUUUAGUCUUGGUUGUGCACACAUGCUCUUUGCAUAAACCAUAGUGUCUUCUCACAGACGAUAUCUGUUAUUAGCCAAAUGAAAGCAAAGUUUAUCUCACUUAAUUAGGAGUAGUUCAUUUAUUGGCCUCAAAUAAACAUAUAUUCUCAUCUGCAUCCUCUCAGAGACGAUUUAAAGAAAACUUAUUUCCUGUUUUUGAAAUAAUUCCACUGUGGUAAACGAAUAACACAGGAGUUAUGCUUUUUAUUUUUUGAACAUAACACUACAUUGCUGCUACUUUUUUAUGUUCAGCAGCCAGAAUCAAACUUCAGUUUUCAGAGCAGAGCCACAUCUUGCAUUCUGGUGGCAAAGCAAAUGUGUAUGAGGUUUCAUCUUAAAACGUUUAAUCCUGCCCUGUGUUAAAUAUUUUUACAUUGCUGUCAAUUUGUUUAGUGUCAAUUUAGAAUUGAGACCCCAAAAAAAGAAAUAAAUAAACCGGACUAGCCAGCAAAGACAAUAAUUUCACUAACAAACCUGUCACUAUUUUAGAGGAGAAGGUAGCUUUGUUUUCAUUUUUGUUUUCUCACAAGUGCUAAAGGAAAACAUACAGAUUUUUGUUUUCUUUUGGAACUUGGCCAUGAUAUUCUUUGUUCAUGUUGAGGACUACGCAUAACAUCAGUAUCUAUCAUACGGCUACAGUUUUUCUGUUCAAAGCCAGUCUGGUCCUUUUUUUGAAUCAUUAUUUCAGAACUAACAUUUGCCUUUGACACUUUUUCUAGCUUGACAAUUUAAAAAGGUCACUUUGAAUUUGACUUGAAGAAUAUCUUGAACACUGAGAAAAUACAUAUUUACUCUAAAGACACACACUUGUCUUAGAUAGCAGAUUUGUUUACGCUGCCUAUGUUAACAUGUUACUGGGGCUCCUGUUUAAAGUUCAGUAAUGGAUACUAAAUAUGUCUUACAAUCAGCGUCUUACCUUGUGGUGAGAGUUUAAUUCUCUGAAUAUACUUGAGCCUCUAACUCUUUGUUUUAAUUUGGGUUUUAGGUAGUGUUUGUGUAUAUAUAUAUUUUUUUUACCAGCUAGGCCUGUUUGGUUUUUUUUGUUUGUUUUGUGUCAAAAAAAAUCUCCUGCAGUUGUGCAGGAGUUCAUCACCGAAAGAUCCGAAAUGCUUUUGUUGAAGUGCAAUGUGAAGGAAGAGGAACGUGUUUCAGUAAGAAGAGCGAGACGAUGUUAAGAGAAGUUAUGCCACGUGUGCGAUGCUGGAGCUUGAAAUAACAAAGCAGACAUUGUGAACUGAAACAAUGUAUGCUAAAUGAAAUGUGCUUUUUUUUUUUUCCUUUUUUUUAAGAACAUUUGAUUUUGUGAAAAGGGGAUGCCUAUGUUGUGCUUGUUGGUUGCACAUUAUUUCAAAAUACAGAAUACAGUUGGAAUUAACCUAUGCAUCCAGAGUCUGAUAUUUUUAUAUACAGUAGGACCUGUAUACAUGUACAAAUAAUCUAAUAAAUAGGCACUGUUAAAAUUGUGAUUUUGUUCUGGAAACCUUUAACUGUUCUUUGAUAAAAGCAUGGUAAAUGAAA